AUGGGGAAUUUCCUCGGGUUAAAGGAAAAUAAAUACAAUAAAACCAACAUAAGCAUGUUUGAGAAGAGAUACGGAUAUAACCUGAACGAUCUGCACAGCUACGUCUACAAAAUCAACCUGCCGCUGAAGCCACGCUAUGUAGGCUAUGUGUUAGAGAAGAAGGGGAAACGGUCAAGUGAAGAAUCUCCCCAUACCGUGGCCCCAAGUGAGGAACCCCCCGAUGGAGAAGAUACCCCGAAAGUAAUCUCCCCCCCCGACUAUGAGGCCGACAGCAUGGGCGACGCCUCGGAAGGAACUCAACCUCCCCCAGUGGAUAUAUAUAACCGAUACGACAGAGACAGCCUGCACAAUUCAAAUAAUAUUUACCAAAAUAAAUUAAAAAUUAAUCAGAAGAAGGGGCAGGAGAACGACCAGCAAAAGUACCAAGACAUGUACGUGCACAUGUCAUAUGACAAAAACUACACGUACGAUGAACAUAAAAAUAAUAUUUACGCAGAGGACAGUAUUUAUAAUUAUGUCACGAAAAAAAAUCCCCAAUUAAUGCCACAAAAAAAUGGAGGCGUAAAGAAGACCUACGCAAACUUGUGUUUAAACUACUACAACAAUCUGGACACCUGUAUGAUUAAGAAGUAUCAGAAGAAUGUUCAAAACAGGAAAUAUAAAUUUACACGUUUGCACACUUGCAAGCCGCACUACAUUCUCUUCUCCCGCUGCAUAAAGUACCGAGACCGGAAGAUCAUGAACGAAAUAAAAAAAGUGGAGCUCAACUAUUACAACUCCCUGAACAGCGGCAGCAGAUCGCUUUACCUGAACGAGUUCACCACUAACUUGAGUUACCACGAGUACCUCAUUAGAAAAAUGCACGACGGAGUGGAAAAGAUAAAGAUCAAGAAAGAACUGAACGAACUACGGGAGAGAUACAACCACAUCGUAAAAUAUGCAGACGCAGGGGUUACGAACACAGCAAAGUUUGAAGCCCCCCAGGGGAAGACCUACAUAAGUCAGAAGAAGCACAUGCUGCUAAACAUAUAA